AUGACCGAUCAGGUUUCUGGGUCUUCACUCCCUCAGACCCGGGACCUCGGUCGGCAACACCAAGAAUACCCAUUAGAACAACCAGCACGGCGACACAGCCAUCUUCAUCAUUAUCGCAACGUCCACUCUUCACGUCAACACAACCACCAGCAUCUUCACCACAUUCGUUCUCAAAAGAAUAGGCGAGUUGGUGGGCGCGAUACUUCGGAUGAUGAUUUGCAGGAAAACUCAGACGUCGUUGUCAUUGUCGAGACCAUUUCUGUUCUUCAAGUAACGGAUUUGACUGGUGCGACCAUAAUCAGGACGCUGCCACAUGACUACCCGACUGCACCUGUACUCACUACAAGUUCAACCGAGCCAACUGUCGCUGGUACCACCAACCAACCCUCGCUCACAGACUUCUUCGAUACUACUCCAACCAAUAGUGCUAGCGACGACGGAAAUGGUGCUGCGGACCCGUCGUCAUCAUUCUCUUCGUCAGUCGUAGAAGAACCGACUGUAACAUCCUCGGAUUCUUCUAUGCCUAUCUCGUUUCCCACGUUAUCUUAUGCGCCUAUCACGUCCACUCCUUUGUCUGCGGCCCCUGUCUUUCCUUCACUAAGUGGUCUAUCUAAUUUCACUCUUUCCUCUUCGAGUCUUAGCAACUCGACUGCUUCUUUUCAAUCGUUUACUGUUGAGAGCGUUAGUACCGAGAGCGGCGGUAGUUUUACAGUUUCUGGCAGUUCAUCUAGUAUCCGCUCAGAAACGUCACAUUCGUCACUUUCGUUAUCAACAAAAUCCAUCCCUGGAACGUCUACAACUACGUCCAAGUCAUCUUCUAGUGUAACAUCUUCUACCAUUAGUGUUAAGCCCGACUUCACACCACUCAACGGCAGCGGCGGAAUUGAUUCACCUACCGUCACAGCGAACGGUGGUGACUCUACUGUCAUCCCCCCUGCUACUGACGUCAGUUCUGAAUCCGACAAUGUAUCAGCUGCGACCAUUGCUGGGAGUGUGGUAGGGGCGAUAUCUGGCCUUGCAAUCAUCCUGCUCCUUGCAGCGGCUGUUCUCAGAUGGAAGAAACGCCAAUCUAGCAUGAACCUCAUACAGGCUUCAGGAAACGAUCGAGGAUACGGUGCUACGAUGACUGGAAGUGGAGGCUCGACUGGCGGCGGUGGUAUGUCUCAACGUCUGUCUAUCCCAUUCGCUAUUCCUGCGGCGCUGGCCAAGUUGUCAGGCCAGAGUCGCUUUUCAAGGAGCACGGUAUCAUCUGACGGAGGAGAGAAGGGGUUUGCGAAGAUAUCUGGACGAAAAUUGCCUCCCGUCUUGCAGUUUGGUGGCGAUGGUUAUACGGAUCCGAGAGCAACUAUGAUGAGUGAUCAAUCGAUCGACUAUAGAGCCUCACAGAAUUUCUUUGGAGAGGCCCCCCUUUCGAGAUUGGCGGUUGGUGCCCCGAUGUUACAUGAGACGAGUAUCCCUGUUUUCCAUGCAAGCCCGGCCCGGACGGCGGUUGAGACACCCGGCUCGUUUAGUGAUCCGUUCUCCGAUGAUAAUAUUAUUGAAUCUCCGACGUUACCCCCAGACCCAUUGGGGCGUUCACAGCCGUCUCAUGACAGAUCGACACGAUCCCAUGGGUCCUUUUCCAGAUUUACUGAGGAUAUUUGA